CUUCGGUAUUCUCUCGUCCUUCCAGAAACCAGCCCUGUUAUAUCCUAAGCACCCCCCUCCCCGCCGGCAAUGACGUCGUCAAUGAGACCUCUCGUCCAAAUGGCUGGACGGGUGUCGCGCUCUUCCCUCCCAUUCUUCGAACGCAGCGCCCUCCGAACAAUCCCAUCGCAAAAUGUCUUCCUUUCUCUCCGAACGAAGACAGCCCAGCCCGCACAUCUCCAGGUCCUCCGACACAAUAGCCUUUCCUCCCAGCGCUCCUUCAGUACGACUACCCUCCGCGCUCGGGCACGCACAAUGGGCCAGCUGAAGGCCCGGAACUCCACAGGUCCGUUUUCAUGGAAAUCGGCCCUGCUGUUCGUUAUCACCGGAGGAGCCAUGAUCAUCUAUUUCCGCGUGGAAAAGGAGCGGUUGGCACGGAAGCGCGUCGCGGAGAUGAGCAAAGGAGUGGGCCGGCCGAAGGUCGGAGGGCCGUUUGUGUUGAAGGAUUUGAACGGCAACCAGUAUACCGAAGAGAAUCUGAAGGGGAAGUACAGCUUUGUAUACUUCGGUUUCACGCACUGCCCUGAUAUCUGCCCGGACGAGUUGGAUAAGAUGGCCGAGAUCAUUGACAAUGUGAAGGAGGCAACCAAGGGCGAGAACGUCUUCCUGCCUGUGUUUGUUACUUGUGAUCCCGUUCGCGAUACUCCCGAGGUGCUCCGGUCGUAUCUCCAGGAGUUCCAUAAGGAUAUUGUGGGCUUGACAGGCACAUACGAGCAGGUGAAGCACAUGUGCAAGCAGUACCGGGUCUAUUUCAGCACGCCGCAGAAUGUGAACCCCGGCGAUGACUACCUGGUUGAUCACAGCAUUUACUUCUACCUGAUGGACCCCGACGGCGACUUCGUCGAAUGCAUCGGCCGACAGGACACCCCCGAAUCAGCCACCAGAGUCAUCAUGGAACACAUCAACGACUGGAAGCGUGAAGGCAAGCCCCUGAAGAAAGACUAGAGUGUAUGUCUAGCGAGGAAUUUUAUGUACAAUAGAAAUACCCUACUCAGAUGCGUGUAGCAUUAUAUAUAACAAUCCGUAAAACCGUGAAUGUAUAUAUCAUCUAGAAAAAACAAGCAGCACAAUCAAUCCACGACCCUCUUCUGCUCACCAUUCACCAUACGUAUAAAUUCAGCAGAACCAAAAACAUAGUAUUAUAUUAAACAUCAAGAAACCACCCUCCC